AUGCGCCAUGCUCUGGCGGAGGAGGAUGCUGUGCAUAUUUCUCAACAGCAAGAUGGUCAACAACUCAAACUUUGGCUCACAAUUAGCGCACGCAAACGUUUCCUGGAAGUCUCAUGGAAGAAUGCGCCAUUACGCGAAGGCGACAUUGUUCUCUUGACUAAAGAAAAUCCACUUAGCUUUGAACAGCAUGCCAAUCAUAGCAGUUAUUCUGACGAUGGUUAUACAACCUCUCCAAGCACUGUUUCUAGCUCACAGUCUACUCUCUCAUGGGUAGCCAAUGGCGGUGCCACGCCUACUAUGGGUCACAUCAAGCCUAGAAAGAAGGCACAAUGGAACACGACGGGAGUGAAAUUCGAUUACGAGCGAUUCCGCAAUUUGUCAACGUGGACUUCUUGCUAUGGCUACUGGGCCAGCUAUAUCGAUGCCACGGGAAAAAUUCUCGCCAAGACCUGUGUGCGUGCCUAUCCCCGCUGGAUGACUGAGAUGCGCGACAAGCUGGGUGAGCUGCGUCUACGAGAUCUAUUCAUACCUGGCACACAUAAUUCCGGAUCGUAUCGUCCCAAUUACGAUCCGGAAACUGAAGAUAGUUUGUUUUUUUUCCUUAAGUAUAAAAAAUACGAGCUUACCCAAGACGACGACAUACAUGGCCAGUCAGUGCAUGGAGCACGUUAUCUGGACAUUCGCGUGGGCUACGAUUGGUUAGAGAAAAACCCAUUUUUCAUAUAUCACGACAUAACGCAACAGCGACCAUUGCAGGAGGUGAUUGACUAGGUUAAGAAUUUUGUGAAGAAAACUAAUGAGAUUGUGAUCUUUGGUCUCAAAGAGUUUCCAGUUGGCUUCGGCUGGGAUCUGGCCGUGCAUGAAUUGUUUGUCGACUAUUUAAAGAAACACUUUGGUGAUGUGAUUGUGAGACAUCCUCUCACCUGGAAUUCUACGUUGAAUGGCAUCUGGAAGCAGCAGCAGAAUGUUAUACUCGCCUACGAUGAAGACGAAAUAGUGAACAAUUAUACACAGUUCGUCUUCCAAGCCGUUAAGCAGUAUUGGGGCAAUGUACAGACCUGGGAAAAGUUGGAAGACUAUUUGAAUUCCACUUAUCGCAUUUUAGAAGUUCCAGUGGCUGAUAUGGCCGAACUUACGCCUAGCAGUUACUUAACAAUGUUGUUUGACACACUUGGAGGCCUGCGUCAGAUGGCUGACAAUGUUAAUUGCCACAUCUCGCAACUCUAUCGAGGUGAAUUGGGUGAAAUUGCCAAUAUUGUGGCUGCGGACUUUAUACGCGGCACAACUCUAAUGGACACAGCCAUCGAUAUUAAUCUCCGUAAAUGGCAUUUCCUUUGGGAAAAUCCGGGUUCAAAGUACAAACCAACAAAUCUAUCCUUAAAAACAAUAUUAGAAUUUAAGGAACUAGAAAAAAGAAUCAAAGAGCGUUUAAACCACUUUUAA